AUGAGAUUCUUCAUCAUCCUUCUUUUGGCUCUUCUGGCUGUCACUGUUAUAGGUAAGCUUAUUAUAAGGCUGCUCAGAUAAUCCUGUGCUCCCUCUCAAAACAAUUUUUUAGAGUUAGAAGCACAGAAUUAAAUGAACAGCCUAUUAGUAUCUCUUUUUUAUUUUUACCUUGAUUUUCUUUGAACUUAUAAAUUUUUUACAUCGUUUUUAAAAUUUACAGGAGCCGCCCACCACGGUAAGAAGCCAGUCCACAAGAAGCCAGCCCACCAUCCCCCAGCCCACAAAGCUCCAGCUCACAAAGCCCUAGCCAAAGCCGGUACUAAAGCUCCAUCUGGAACUGGUGCUACUUCAGCUGCCAAGUCUACUGGUGCUGCUGCGGCCGCUACUACCGCUAAGGCUUCUUAA